GAGGAGACUGAAGCAGUAGACUGAUGUCAACACUCCAGUCCUCAACACUGGCCUCAGAAAUGAACAGCAACUUACCUGGAGACGAAAUUGGGAAGCUUUUUGUGGGUGGAUUAGACUGGAGUACUACACAGGAAACUUUACGAAACUACUUUUCUCAAUAUGGGGAGGUAGUUGACUGCGUUAUCAUGAAAGAUAAAAGCACAAACCAGUCCCGGGGUUUUGGCUUCGUGAAGUUUAAAGACCCCAACUGUGUUCGUAACGUGCUGGAGACCAAGCCACAUAAUCUUGAUGGAAGAAAUAUUGACCCUAAACCGUGCACUCCUAGAGGAAUGCAACCUGAAAAAGCGCGCUCUAAAGAGGGCUGGAAAGGAGGCAAAAGUGACAGCAAUAAAUCUAAGAAGAUAUUUGUAGGUGGAAUUCCCCACAACUGUGGCGAACCUGAACUCAGGGACUAUUUCAGCAGAUUUGGAGUGGUGACAGAGGUGGUGAUGAUCUAUGAUGCGGAGAAACAGAGGCCUCGAGGUUUUGGAUUUAUUACUUUCGAGGCCGAGCAAUCAGUGGACCAGGCUGUCAACAUGCAUUUUCACGACAUCAUGGGCAAAAAAGUGGAAGUAAAGAAGGCUGAACCUCGGGACAGCAAGGCCCCGGGCCCUGGUCAGCUGGGAGCCAAUCAGUGGGGUCCAAGAGCCAUCUUAAGCGCGGCCAAUGGCUGGGCGGCACAGCCAGCCCAGAGCUGGCAGCAAAGCUACGGGCCCCAGGGGGUUUGGGUGUCUACAGGUCAACCUUUAGGUGGCUAUGGCCCUCCUUUGCCAGCUGGGAGAGGAGCCCCGACCCAGCCCCCCUCUCCAUUCAAUGCUUUCCUGGUCACGACCACCCCGGCCGCCAGCUUCGGAGCCCCUCAGGGAUACCCCCAACAGGGCUAUAGCACACCACCUCAGUUUGGGUACAGCUUUGGCACUCCUCAGGGUGACCAGUUUGUGCCACAAGGUAUGCCCCCGCCUCCCACCACGCCUGGUACCGCCACUCUGGGCUUUGCUCCUGCGACCCCUCCCACUCAGGACAUGAGCAAAGCCCCCACGGCACAGCCUGACUUCUCUUACAGCCAGUAUGGCUUGGGUAACUAUCCUCAGGACCCCUCUGCCUACGGCCCCACGCGUCCUUCUCACACUUAUGGUCAGGAUGAGCAGGGAUAUAGUUCAGGUUAUGGGCAGGAUCUGAGUGGGUUUGGUCAUAGCUUUGACCCCAACCAGCAAACGGCCUCAUAUGGGGCACCCUCCGCACAGCCCUCCUCGGGACCCCAGCCGGCCGCCAGCAGUUUCGGGCGCGGGCAAAACCAUAAUGUACAGGGCUUCCAUCCUUACCGACGCUGAGUGUUACUACCCCUCACAAUGCAAUACAAAAUGUCAGGGAAAUCGAUGUUAUGAUCACAAACAGAAACUGGAUUUGUUUUGUUUUGUUUUGUUUUGUUUCGUUUUGUUUUUGUUUUUCUGAACACUUCAAGCUAAUAUUAACAAUUGGAGGAGAGUUAAAAAAAAAAUGUAAUGUAUUGAGAGUACUACAUGACCAGGGACUACAGUUUGAGUAUAUUCCAGUGUGUGGAGACUGUAUUACUCAUGUUUUAUAAUUGUCCAGAACUACUUAGCAAUAGAUUUUCAUCGUCUGGUCAGACAUCAGCACAGAAUAUAUUUGCCAGACAGAGGAGUGACAGGGUCUCCAAACUCUUUAGCUUUAAUUCUAUUAGGGAAAUGGGGUUUUAUUUUUAAUUUUGUGACUUUUGUUUACUUUCUGAGCCUUUUAACAUUUAUUUUAAAGUUGAAAAUAGAAAUAACAAAUCUGUAAUAUACACAAACUGUGCAAUUUUUUAAAGAAUUUUGUACUAUUAUAUGUGCGCUUCGCUUGUUUUUUUAUUUAAGGAUGUAGAAUUCCCUCAGGUGGCAGUUUUGGUGCA